CUGGUCCUCAGCUUCUCACAGCCCUUAAAUAGAUAUACACUGCUAGAUAUUCGGAAUUAGGAUUAGGAAUCCUCCUUAAAAGUUUGCCCAAAGUCUUCUUUCCACGACAAAACCCCAAAAAGCCUAUACAUACAUACAAUACAUACAUAUUCCCCUCCCCUCACCUUACCUCACCAAUCCAAUUAUUACUAAAUAGAGCCAUGAGAGAGGCAACUCUCGGAAACUUUUUGCUCUCCAUUCCCCUUGUGUGCUGAAGCUCUUAUCUAGUAGUCUAUCAUUCUCCAACAGAAAAGGCGAGGGCCACGGCGAAGAAGCCAUACGAAGAAAUGAACCAGUGCGUCCCCAAUUGGGAUCUCGAUGACAACCCCUUGCCUGCUAGGCUCUCAGCUCGAUCCAACUCGAAUUCGGCCCCUCCCGAUGUGCCCAUUUUGGACUAUGAAGUGGCGGAGCUGACAUGGGAGAAUGGGCAGCUGGCGAUGCACGGCCUGGGGCAGCCGCGCGUAUCCCUCAAACCCCAGCCGCAGCAGCCAGCCUCGACCAACAACAACAAGUACACGUGGGACAAGCUUCCCCGCGGCACCGGCACCGGCACCGGUACUGGUACCCUUGAGUCCAUCGUCGACCAGGCUGCUGCUGCUCUCCCCAACCGCAAGCGGCCACCCCAGCCACCUCCCUUCGAUGACGUCGUCCCCUGGUUCAACUGCCCCGGCGCUGCCACCUCUGCCUCCAUGACCAUGGACGCUCUAGUCCCAUGCACUGCUGCAGCCACCGACCGGCAGCACCAGAAGCAUCAGGAGCAGGGCAUCGCCGGCACCAUGCCGCUCCUGAACGAGUCCUCUACCGUGCCACCCAUGUGCGCGGUGGGGUGUUCAACCCGUUUGGAUUCCUGCAGUGAGGCUGCCGUGGCCGCCGCACUGCAGGCGGAUGAUGCAAGGAAGCGGGCGAGGGUGGCGGCUGCUGUGCAGGUGCCAGUGGCCAGGGAGUGGAGCGGGAGGGACCAGUACAGCGCGAGCGGGAGCGCCACCAUGAGGAGAGAGAUGGACAGCCAGCAGAUGACGGUGGAUACGUGCGACAGGGACGUGUGUGUGGGGCUCACAUCCACCUCCAUGGGCUCACAGGACACUACCAGCUCCGGCGCCCGGCCGUGCACCCAGGCCACCGCCACCGCCGAUGAGCACGACUCCAUCUGCCACGGCCGAUCCCAGAGGGAAGCAGGUGAUGAGGAGGACAAGGUAAAGAGAAACAGGAAAUCCACAGUCUCAACAAAAAGGAGCAGAGCUGCUGCCAUACACAACCAAUCCGAACGCAAAAGAAGAGAUAAGAUAAACCAAAGGAUGAAGACGCUGCAGAAGCUGGUCCCCAAUUCCAGCAAGACCGAUAAGGCCUCGGUGCUGGACGAAGUGAUAGAGUACUUGAAGCAACUGCAAGCACAAGUUCAGAUGAUGAGCAGGAUGAACAUGAAGCCAAUGAUGCUUCCAAUGGCGAUGCAACAGCAGCUCCAGAUGUCGAUGAUGGCACCGAUGGGCCUCGGGAUGGGGAUGGGCAUGGGGAUGCCUGGAGUCAUGGACAUGAACGCCCUCACUGGCCGCCCCAAUCUCCCUGGCAUGCCACCCAAUGGCUCGGCACCCAUCCUCCACCCUGCGGCUGCGGCCGCUCCUUUUUUGCCCCUAGCACCCUUAUGGGAUGGCUCUGGCUGCAACGGAGAUCGGCUCCAUCCUUCCUCGACUGCUGCUGCACCGGUUCUAGCAGACCCGUUUGCAGCUUUCCUCGCAUGCCAGUCACAGCCAAUGACUUUGGAUGCAUAUAGCCGGAUGGCAGCAAUCUACCAGCAGCUGCAUCAGCCGCCAGCUUCAAGUUCUAAGAACUGAGACAGCCGGGCCGGCUCCAAAAUUUUCAUGGUUUCAUUAUUUCGGACAAAUCAAAUUUCUGUUUUUUUUUUUUUAAAUUUUGUGUUUUUUAAAAUGUUAUCAUAACUCGGUUCAGCAUAUAUAUAGAAAUGUAAAUUUAUAAAUAUAUAAUUAAUUAAUUAAUUCCUCUUUUGUUA